AAGAUGGCGGCGUCCGCGAUGCACAGCGGCGGCCUCCUGCGGCUCUCUGCGGCCUUGGGUCUCAGGUCCCGCAGCUACCGUGCGCCGCCGCCCCCGCGCCGCCGCCCCGGGCCCUACUGGCCAGACCCGGAGAACUUGCUGACCCCGCGAUGGCAGCUAACGCAUCGCUAUGCGGCCAAGCAGUUCGGGCGGCACGGCGCCGUCUCGGGGGUGGCCCCCGCCUCCCUGUGGCCGUCCCCAGAGCAGCUGUGCGAAUUGGAGGCCGAGGAGCGAGAAUGGUACCCGAGCCUAGCGACCAUGCAAGAGUCGCUGCGCCUGCAGCAGGAGGCCGCGGAGGCAAGGCGUCGAGCCAGGGAGCAGCAUAUUGCAGAGUGCAUGGCCAAGAUGCCACAAAUGAUUGACAACUGGCGAAAGCAGAAGCGAGAACGUUGGGAGAAAAUCCAGGCUGACAAGGAGCGGAGGGCCCGGUUACAGGCUGAGGCCCAGGAACGUCUGGGCUACCACGUGGACCCCAGGAGUGCUCGCUUCCAGGAACUAUUACAGGAUCUAGACAAGCAGCAACGCAAGCGCCUAAAGGAAGAAAGACAGCGACAGAAGAAGGAGGCACAAAUUGCUGCUAUGGCCUCUGCUGACGCCCAGGACUCUGCUGAAGCCCAGGACUCAGCAGCGUCUGGUGAACCCAGCUCCUGAAAGCUCCUUUCCCAAUAAAGCCAGCUGCUGAUAGCUCAUA